AUGGAAGACCCUUUACCAUCAGCGAAAAAAGUUGCCGGAGAAAUCGCCGCUCCUGACGAUGACAUCGAACAAUAUGUUUACGAAGAGCCCCCAACGUAUCGAAAGAUUAUCUACGAUGUCUUUUUGUGGCUUUUGAGCAACAUCUUUGACUGUUUUUUCCGUGAAGUUCGCAGUAGAGGGCGUUACAAAGUGCCAACGCAGGGACCGGUCAUAUUUGUAGCUGCACCACAUGCAAAUCAAUUCAUAGACCCCGUCAUUUUGAUGGGGCAAGUGAAAAAAGCAGUCAACAAGCGAGUUUCUUUCCUGGUGGCAGAAAAGUCGCUCAAGAGAAAGGCCAUAGGUACAUUUGCUCGCUGUGCUAUGUCAAUUGGCGUCGGUAGAGCUCAGGACAAUUUGAGAUCCGCUUCAGGUAAAAUCCGAAUUAGUGAAGAAAAUCCUCGGAAAAUCAUUGGGUCGGGAACAAAGUUUGCCAAAGAAUUUGAACCUCAAGGUUUGAUUGGUCUUCCCAAAUCGCUGGGUAAUGUUGUGAUCGAGUCUAUCGAAAGUGACACGGUGCUGUACAUCCGGAGAGAAUUCAAGCAGACCAGACCGGAAGUUAAACAGCUUUUGGAAAAGGGUACCUCCUUUAAAUAUGCCCCUCGCGUGAAUCAGAAGAAGGUUUAUCAUCGCGUUUUUGAACACUUGGCACACGACCAGUGUGUGGGCAUUUUUCCAGAAGGCGGCUCUCACGACAGAACAGAUCUACUUCCAUUGAAAGCUGGUGUCGCGAUUAUGGCUCUUGGCUGCAUGGGAAAACAUCCAGAAACAAACGUUCAAAUUGUGCCUUGCGGCAUGAACUACUUCCAUCCUCACAAGUUUCGAUCCAGAGCCGUGAUCGAGUUUGGCAAUCCUAUCACCAUCUCAUCUGAGCUUGUGGCAAAAUAUCAGAAUCCGGAUACAAAUAGAGAUGCCGUCAAAGAAUUGCUGGAUCAUAUCUCUGAUGGCCUGAAGGCAGUUACCGUAACUUGCCCUGACUAUGAGACCUUAAUGGUCGUGCAAGCGGCAAGAAGGUUAUAUGCUGGUCAUCUAUCUGCUAAGCUUCCGCUUUCGCUUGUCAUAGAAAUGAAUAGGCGAUUAGUCAAAGGGUACCAAAUGUACCGAGAUGAUCCUAGAAUCCAACAAUUAAAAGAAGACGUCCUGACAUACAAUGCCAACUUGAGCAAUUUCAACAUACCUGAUCAUCAGGUUGAAUCGGCCAAAAUCAAUUUUGCAAAAAACUUGAGUCUUCUUAUUAUAAGAUCUCUUCGUUUGUCGAUCUCCUUGAUCUUGGCUUUACCUGGUAUUAUCAUGUUUUCGCCUGUUUUUAUCGUGGCUAAGAUUAUAUCGAAGAAGAAGGCUUCGCAAGCGCUAGCAGCCUCCACAGUGAAGAUCAAGGCAAAUGAUGUGAUAGCCACAUGGAAAAUACUGAUUGGUAUGGGUUUUGCUCCAUUGUUGUAUACCUUCUGGUCAAUUUUGUUGACGUACUACUUCAAGGACUCCAUCACCAAGAACAAGUUUGCGAGUUUCAUUGGAAUAUAUCUGCUUUGCACGAUUGUCACUUACUCGGCCUUAAUCAUUGGAGACAAUGGUAUGGAUGUGUUUAAGUCUUUAAGACCAUUAUACUUGUCAAUCACAACUCCAGGAAUACUCAAGAACCUACAAACCGAGAGGAAGGUUUUGGAGGAGAAAAUCACAGAUAUCGUGAAUACCUUAGGACCAGAGUUAUAUCCUGGGUUUGAUGGUGUUAGCCUCUAUGACAAGUACAGAUCUGGCGGAUUCAAUACCGACGAAGACGAGGACCGUGUCACCACGGAGCUGAGAAGAAGAAGGGAGCUCAGAAAGCGCAAAGAAAAAGGCAAGCAGACUUCUAGACAAGGUACAGAAUCUGAGGGCGAAAGUGAUGCUCUUUCAAUGAUUAAUAGUGACAAUUCUCUGUCAAACAUUCCUCUUUUUUCCAACAAUGGCAAUAGAUCUGGCUCUGUUUCAUCCUUGACAUCUAUGAGCUCUGGGUUUGAGAUCAUUGACGAUGUUAAUAGAGUUGAUGAUCUGAGCAGUAAAAUUGCCCACGCAGUGCGUGAGAAGAGAGAAUAA